UGAACUGUUUGUAAGAUGAAUGUGAUACGACGGGAAGAAAUAAACAUGGCAACCCUGAGAAUUUGUUUUUCUGUUCUCCUCCUUGUCCUGGGGGUGUUCGGUCAAGAAGAGUGUGAGAGUACUUUCCCUGAUGGAACAGAUUGCUCUGUUGACUCUACACACGUUAUGGAAGAUCUAGAGGAUUGUUCCUCAUUUUGGAAAUGUUCUAACGACGACUGCCCAAAGAAAACAAAGUGUGAGAGAAAUUACUUGUUCAAUACUCAGACCAAAACCUGCACUUCAAACACAAUGGUGGAUUGUGGGGAGAGACCCUGCCUGGAUCCAAUGCAUUGUCCCUCAGAGCAUCCAACAACUACUCCUACUCCUGAAACUACUACUAAUACUUGUGACCAUUCUUUUGAUUGUGUUGCAGCAGGAGAUGGAUGGUUUGCCGAUGAGUUUAACUGUAGAAAAUAUUGGCACUGUUUCGGUGGUGUAGGCGAUCACAGUAUUUGUCCGCAGGGACAACUAUUCGACCCUGUUCAUGUCUGGUGUGAUUGGGCGGAUAGGGUGGAGUGUGGAGAUAGACCUAUUUGUGGAGUUUGUGAUGAUGAUUGUGAAACAACAACCUCACAUAAACCAACAACAUGGGGACCAACAACUACACAGGGUUCCUGUAAGCAUGUGUGUAAAGAAGAUGGUCUCUUCUCUGAAGGAUGUUGUGAAAACACUUUUUGUCAGUGUUUUGGUGGAAUUGGCUACGUUCAACAUUGUGAAACAAAUCUAGUAUUUAAUGAUGUAACACAUACAUGUGAUUUUCAAUUUAACGUACCCUGCUGCAAUGCACACUUCUUAAAAAGUUAUAUUCUUAAAAAAUAAAUUAAUUUUUAUAGACAGAAAAAGUACA